AUGUCAAGUCGAAUAGAUAGCAGUAAUUCCAAUACCAAGUUCAAAGUAGGGGAUAACGUCCACUUUGAAGUAUCCAAUGGAAACACGUCAACUACCAGUAAUAAUAUUCCAAACGGUAACAAAUCUUCGAAUCUGCAGACUGGUAAUGCAACAAAUUCAUUACCCAAAAGUGCUCAUCAGGUACGCGAGAGCACGCAUGAUUCCAAUCCACUUGCUAAUAAAGCAAACAAGAAGAAGAAGAAAGGGAAGGGGAAGAAGACAACGAGACUUUCCACAUCACAUGCUCAUUUGAAUAAACCAGAGGACGACUAUCCUACAUCAAGGGUGAUUAAGCAAGCUCCAAAUGGUGAUGUCAUUGUUGAAAGUUUAGAUGACGAAGAUUCAGAAGGAUCAAGCGAGGGAUCAGCCCCUUCUCGCAGCGAGAAUGGAUCCGAAAAGCUUGACAAGGUUCUGUCUCAUCACCCUCAUCUGCAUCCACAUAGCCAUAAUGAACCAUUGCAUAACCAGCCACAUAUGGCUGGAACAAUGCACUCUACGAGACGGAGCGGCCAGGAUGCGCACAAUAGCUUAUGGGAUAGUGCAUCGAUUGAAGAACAAGAGAAGUUGAAGCAGUUUUGGGAAUCGUUAGCUGAGCCUCAAAAGCUAGAAUUAGUCAAGAUAGAUAAAGAGUCUAUUAUGAAGAUGUUCAAAAAUGAGACGAGGCAACAUUUGCAGCAACUACUGCAGCUGCAGCUGAAUUCAAAUAGUUCAAAUAGUGGUAACAAUUCGUCGGGCCAGAACAAUUGUACCUGCAAAUACUGUGGCAGAAGAAACAAUCUCAUUGAAGAGGAGUUGGAGAGUAUCUACGACAACCAUUUUGAUGACAUCAUUGACUUUAUCCACGAAGUUAGAGAUAUAAAUGAUUUGAAUGCUUUACCAGGGUUGUUGUUUGGUGGUUUCCAUAUGCUAGAAGAAGAGAGGAAGUUGCAAAAGAGGAAGCAGCUACAUAAUGAGAAUUUGGAAAUGGCAAAGAAUCAGGUUGCCGAAAGUGAGGCUCAUAUUGACGAGAUUAAGUCACAGAUGAAUAAAUUGCGAAUGGCAUCUGCACAGGACCACUCUGAACAGCACCAACAAUCACGAAGCUCCCCGCAACCUCAAGCAAGCCAGCAGAAUCAUUCGACGGUAAGGUCGCAUCCAAAUGUGCAAAUUAGUGCAUCAAUCCAAACCUCAAAUUCUUCACAGACACAGUUAUUUGAUAGGUUGCUUGACCCUAAACUAUUUCAAGCAUUGGAAGGCUUGGACUUGCAAAAAAUGAAAGAGACGGCCCAUUUGGAUCCUCAAAACGCCGCUCAUUUAACCAUGUUGGAAAAGGCUGGUUCACUAAAAGAAAUAGUUAGGGAUUUGCACAAUCAUGAUGGGAAGCGUGCCGAGAGGGGAGCAAAAUAUGUUCAAAACAUGGGCAAGUUCUUUUCCAAUAUUGCCAAUAUGAAAGCUAGUAGUCCUGAAGAGGCAGAAAAGUAUAUGGCAAAGCAAUUUACUGAACAUUUUGGACAAGGACUUUCAACUUUUGCCGAAGACUUGUUGAAUAAUGAUGGCAACUCGUUUAUAAACAUGAUGGAAUCUCUAACGGAGUCGAGGUCAGCACGCGAGGAUGUAUUGAAGGAAAUGCCCUCGUUUAAAGGGGAAGGUCGAUCUAGUGUGCCUCCUGAAGAACAGCAGUCUCGCUGGGUGGAUGAAGAUGACGAAGGGAAGGAACAUUUAUAUUGUUCACAUCAUCACCACCCUCAUCACCACCAUCAUCAUCACGAUGGUGAGGUAGAAGAUGACGAUGAGUACGACUAUGAAUAUGAAUAUGAAGAAGAAGAAGAAGAAGAAGAAGAAGAAGAAAAAGAAGACGAUCUUGAAGAUGGAGAGGGAAAAGACGUCAGUGAUACCGAGUCUGAAAUUUCCGAAGAAGAAAAAAUGCAAGAGAUUCGUCGUUUAUUUUUAAUUCAAGUUAUCAAAUUGUUUCAAGAGCGUUUGAAGAGUGCCUACAAGGAGAAGGUGUCGAAGGAUAAUACUCAAAAGCUAAUUGAAGAGUUGGAAGCUGAGGAAAAGGCCAAGAAGGAACGAGAAGCAAAGAAAUUGAAGCAAAAGGAAAAAGCAAAGGAAAAGAAGAGGUUGUUGCAAUUGGCUAAAGAGGAAGAGAAGAGAAAGAAGGAGGAGGAGGCUAAAAGGGCCGAAGAGGAAGUGAAAGCGCAGCAGGAAAAACAGAGAUUGGAACAGAAGCGAAAAAAGGAAGAGGCCAAAUUGAAGAGAGAAGAAGAGAAGAAGAGAAAAGCUGAGGAAGCCAAGAAAAAGGAGGAAGAACACAGAAAAAAGGUAGAAGCUCAGCAGAGAAAAGAAGAAGAAGCCAAGAAAUUGAAAGAAGAGCGGCGUAAAAAGGCAGAACAGGAAAGAAAACAGAAGGAGGAAGAGAAUCAACGAAAGGAGAGGUUGAAGAAGCAACGAGACCAAGAAGCAGAGAGAAUAAGAGUUGCUCGUGAGAAACAAUUGGCUGAAGGAGAAAAAGAUGAGGUGAACUCUAAAAGGUCAUUGAAUUCAGCCGAUGCUUAUUUUGAACAAGAUUUGGCUAAACGAAUUGAAGAGGAGAAGCUGAAGUUUUUCAAUAACCCUACUUCUGGCAGUAGCUCAAUUAACCAACCCUUUCAACAACCUAGAUCGGGUUCCCUUUCCAGCAGAGGUUCUGCAGUCGCACUCAAAUUAGGUCAGUUGAACCCAAAUGUCGCAACAAUUCCUCAGCAACCUCCAUUUGCCAGUGAUUUUGCUCAUAGUCAGUACUUGAACCAAGCUUCAGUGUUGUCCCCACAAGCAGCCCCUACCAACUUAAUGAGUAGUGCUUCUGCGGUGAACUCCUCGCUUGCUAAUACCUUCCCUACUACUGCUGCAGCUACUGUGUCUGCUUCUGCUACCACUUCAAAUCCAAUGUCUCCUUGGACGGACAAGAUAGGGUUGAAUAAUCCAUCGGUGCCAACAUUUUUAGGCGACACGACUUCCUCAAUCACACCCAAUGUGAGUGCGACAAACAUUCAUCAGCAAGGGCAGCCAGCUCCUCGCUUUGACCCGUUUGGCACAUCUUCCGAGCCUACUGAGCCCCUAGCCCCUGCUACAAAUGUUAAAUCUUGGAAUACUAAUCCUAAUGCUGUUAAUACGGGCGGAACGAGAAGUAGCCAGAUUUGGAACAUGCCAGCUGGGUCAACACCUAGCGAAAACCCAUUUUUAAAUCCUGGCUUGAAGAGUAAUGCUCUUUUCCCCAUGGAUGUUGAUCAGAACAACGUGAGCUCCAACGGUGUUGUACCUAAUGCAGUCAAUCCUCAUGGCCAACCUGAGGUGGAGCUAAUUCAAUCAACAGCAUUCAAUUGUUUCCAAGCCAUGGCGAAAUUGAACCAGUUAGAAUUUGGAGUCGCUCCAGUGAUGAAAUUGUUUGAAGAGGUAAAGAGUGUCACAAACAGACCGCAGUUGACAAUGAAUCAAUUUUUAAGUUGCUGUCAAUCCGGUACUAUCUAUCAAUUUGAGAAGAAAUACGAUCCAUUCGGUACAAUUACCCAUAUUAAAGUUGGUUCACACAGUUUUACUAGAACUUCGCCUGGUGCUCAAUUCUUCACUCCUGGUGCCUCUAGUUUUGUGCAGCCACAAUCGCAGCUGUCGUAUCCCCAACAACCGGUAUUCCAUCUGCAAACUAGUUUUGGUCCAGGAGGGUUCCCUCCUCCAGGUAUCCGCAAGAGUUCGCUGCCGGGGUUUUUAACUGAUCCACCCUUGAUGAACUUAAGAGGUGAGGGGAACCCAAAGACGUCAACCAGUGGGUUUGUUGAUGGGCUUUGGAAUAACGUAUGA